AUGCGAACCGAGGUGAUUAAAUACAAAGAAGAUUUAGAGACAAAAUUCAUAGUUAAGAGAAAGGCUUACGGCAAGGGAAGUAGGAGCUGCCGAUCGUGUUUUACGCACAACGGACUGAUCAGGAAAUACGGGUUGAACAUGUGUAGACGGUGUUUUAGGGAAUAUGCGAACGAUAUUGGUUUCAAGAUUUACGAUUAA